AUGGCCGAUUCAGCACCUCUGAAUUGCACAAAGCCUGUCAAUACAGGUGAUGCAGCGAAUGGAAUUUCAAGCGCGCAUCCUGACAUUGGAGUAAACGGACUCCAGAAGCCCCAGGAUAAUUCCUCAGUUGAAUUCUCCGACUUGUCUAAAAUCUCUUUGCCACUCUCAGACAUCAAGCCACAUCAUGCUUGGGGUUCCCAUCCGCUCCAACUGUAUCCACCCCCCAGCGAUUUAUCGAAGUCUGGAAUUGUUUUACUUCUUUAUUAUACAGACAAUCGAUUUCGUUUAGAUCCACAGAAUCUGGACUCGGCCAUCUCAUGUAAAGCUAAUGUUUUUCUCGCGACAGUGACUAACUAUCAUCCAACUCCUGUUACACAGGUCUCUCUACGCUUUGGUAUGGAUAAGGUAAACUGUGUUCACUGUUGCACUCAUGUAUCUACUUAA